AUGGAAUUCUGCUCCGGGAAGACGCUCAUGGCCAUGCUCCUGGACACGGCCCCCGUCACCACCAUCCUACGGGGGAUCCACGACCUGGCGUUGAGGCUUCGGGAGAUCCACCAGGCGGGCUACGCCCACAACGACCUCAAAAUGGACAACGUGAUCGUGGACACGAGCCCCGACGGCGCCGUCCGGGCGCGCGUGAUCGACCUGGGCCUGUGCACGCGGCUCGGCAAGAGCCCCGGCUUCCAAGGGGAGCCCGAGGAACAUCGCCACGUCGCCCCCGAGCUCCUGCAGACGGGCGUGGCCACCGUGGAGUCGGAUCUGUUCUCCCUCGGGUUCAUCCUGCGCACUGUCCUGCGGGCGUACGCCAGCUCCUUCCCCGAGGACUUCGAGCUGCUCCACCUGGCGCGGGCCAUGAUCUGCCCCGACCCGCACUGGCGCCCGUCCUUCCAGAUGUGCCUCGACGUCCUGGCCGACAACCUCGACGCCCCGCGGCAGGAGUGA